CUCGCGAAGGGUAGCAUCAGGCUGAAGCUUUUGCUCUUCUCUCGUCGACACUACAGUCAUUUUCUGCUGCGAUGCUUUCUUCUCCAGGCCCAUAAGCCUGGAUACUUGCGAGACCGAACAGAAAAUAUCUUUCAAGCAUGGCUGAUGCACAGAACGAUGCCUGGCCCGAUGACCUUUGGCAGGGGAAUUAUGGUCAAGAACAUCUUCAGUCGUUCUCGUUCUCCGCACCUAGCCCUUUCCAGAAUGUCAACCCUUCGGCUGCGCCGCAUUAUCAGUACGGUGGCCUCCCUUCCAACAACUCUCUCAGCACACCUCGUUAUAUAUCCGAACAGACACUUACUCACCAGCCACGUAUGCACGACUAUCAGCACGAACAGUUGUACACCACUUCGACACAAUACCACAAUUACAGAGACCGAAGCAGCGACAACUCGCUAGGCACGGAUUCCCAUCCUACAAGCACGAACACCAGUCCUGAACUGGCAGACUUUUCCGUCGCAAUAGACGACCAAUACUCGGCGCUAUUCCCUGAACAAUGCGAGUCAUUGCAUGCCAGCUCCAUUAGAAAGCUCGACCGCAAUUUGCCAGCUUCUGGCCUAGGGGAAAAUGGGAGUCGGGGGAUUAACUCUACCCGACAGGUUGCUAGAAAGGGGAGCCCAGGCAAAAGGCUCGCCGUCAAGGGCAAAUUGCCCUGUUAUCACCCGGACUGCUUGGGAGAAGACGGGCAACCGAGAAGAUUUUUCAGUCGCAAGGCCGAUGUCACAAGGCAUUACAAAUCUCAGCAUGAAAUUACUUAUCUCGAUUGCCCCUGGCCUAAAUGUUUGAGAAAGGGGACCCAGGGUUUCCCUAGAAAGGAUCAUCUUACUGAGCACCAAAGAGGUUAUCACCAGGAGAACAUUCCAAAAAGAAUUGCUGGCAAUCACGCCGAGAAACAGACCGAAAUGAUCACUACAAGCAACGACGGGAUGAAUGUGGCCCGGAUAAGUGACAAACCAUUCCCCCUUCCUCUGCCGGAUACUGUCGUUCCGCAUAUGAAUGCCCGAGAGCAGACUUCUCAUCAAGAGCAGGUUAGUGGAGUUCGCAAACGCAAAAGGCAAGAAGUUUCACAUCCAGACCUGGAACUCCAAGCUUACCAUACCGGCACUCCAUUGGGACGUGGGAACAGGACUAAGAACUCUGCUACCAGCGGAGCACCUGUUGUCGGACAACAUCAUGUUCACUGGGAGGGCCAAAGUGUGGGUCGGGUAUAUCAAGAAGAUCAAUCCCAACUCCAAGCUCCGGCUCUGCCAACGCGUAGGGCAAACACUCAGCCCCGGACUGUUCUCCAGAGGGCUGCAACCUCGCCGUCAUUUUUCGAUGGCUACCAUGACAUUGAACACUUGGUCCACAGCUCAUCAAUGCCUCGAUAUUAUCAGGAGUCUGAACAUCCAGCAACUCAAUUUCCCUAGCGGAAGGAGCAAGGAGCAAGGAGCUGCGCGUUUUUCUCGUGACUGUUAGUGGUGUCUGGGCGCCCUCAGGAAGACCUGACAGCUUCUCCCUCCUCGCAUGAUCAAGAUACUUUCCAUGCCUGAGUCCGUCGACCUGUUUGGUGGUGUGCUUUGCUUCAUUUGUCCCAGAGCAUGGCGUUCUUUGGUGCUUAACUUACAACGAACAUACCGCGCUGAGCAUUGGAGGAAUUUGUGUUGGCAUGGAUCUCUGUCGUUUACAUGAAUUUAGAAGGUCACGGUUGUCUUCC